UUGUCUCUAUGAUCUGUAAUUUUUUUAUUUAGAUCAAUGGAGGUGUCUUGUGUGUGAUUAAUCUUUUUGCGUUUGAAGAACUAGGAUUUCACGUUGCCUAGAUUUAUCUUCGUCUUUAUAAUUUAAAUAAAUCAAGAACACUAAUAAAAAGACAAAAUGGGUAACGAAAACUCUAUUCCCAUGGAACUCUGUUCAAAUUCGCGUGUAAACUGCAUUGAUUUUAAGGUGGAGAACUUCGACGCGGAUGAGAUUCGGCGGCUGGGCAAGCGAUUUCGGAAGCUUGACUUGGACAAUUCCGGCGCUCUGUCCAUCGACGAGUUUAUGUCAUUACCAGAGUUACAGCAGAAUCCACUUGUUCAACGCGUUAUAGAUAUAUUCGACGCUGAUGGUAAUGGAGAGGUGGACUUCAAAGAGUUCAUCCAGGGCGUGUCUCAAUUCAGCGUCAAAGGUGAUAAGUUGUCCAAGUUGCGGUUCGCGUUCCGCAUCUACGACAUGGACAACGAUGGGUUCAUCUCAAACGGUGAAUUGUUUCAGGUACUGAAGAUGAUGGUUGGCAACAAUUUGAAGGACACUCAACUGCAGCAGAUUGUGGACAAGACGAUCUUGUUUGCAGACAAGGACGAGGAUGGCAAGAUCUCGUUUGAGGAGUUCUGUAAUGUGGUUGGCAACACAGACAUACAUAAGAAGAUGGUGGUGGACGUGUAGGCGACCCUCGCGCCCCCCGCUCCACCAGCACCUUCCUUCGAGACCCUCUACUUUCUUGCUCUAGCUAGAACACUAUUUAAAUUGCGCGUCGCUUGCUCCGUGGGAAGUUUCUAUUCGUCUUCCAAAUAAACGAAGUUUUAUUUCGCUUUUGGAGGAACCCGGAAUAUCUAUUGUAUCUAUGUACAUACACAUUUAACUGAGUACAAAGCAGUUCAGGUAAAACAUUACGCAAUACGUUACUCGCGUCGUCGUAUGCUCGAUCCUUGAUGACCUUUAUCUCGGUAAAAUUGCGUAAAUUUAUUCAUGUCACGUAAACAUAGUUUACUUAUUUAGUCUUGACGAAAACUACGUUCAUACAAGGUCAACUUGGUGAAUGUUAUUGUUAAUAAUUCUAGUCUCCACGACAUACAGUGUAGAACUGUUAUGAAGAGGCCGUCAUCAAGUCGCGAUCUCUUGUUGAAUUUUGUAUAACUUUUAUUAUUAUUACUUUAUGUAUGACAUUAUUUAAAAACACGUAAAUUCUAAAUUCCCAAGACCUUUAUUUAAGAUCAUAGUUGUCAUUGUAUGACCACUGCAAAUUAUUUAUAAACUGUUCGUACGCAAAUUCAACAUAACUUUGGAACACAUUUUAAAAUUUUAAAACGUCAUAAGUAAAAUAAUAAAUCCAACGAAAUUUAGCAAGUCGCGAUUGUUAUUAGAAAGGGCCUCUUAGUGCUCACUACAUACAAUGUAAAUUGUGCCAUAAAAUAUCGUCGAGUGACGUAUUGCUGACCCUAUAGGGCUGUGACUUUAGUACACGAAUGCGGGCAUUUGUGGCGAUAUGGGGCGAUAUUUCGCGGCGAUGUGUUCCGCGGGGCAGUCGGCGCGCGCUAAUCUAUCGUGAUUCGUUUACAAUUUAACUCUUAAGGUAUACUAUAUAAAUUUGUAAUAUUUAGUUAACAUUAGUGGAAAUUUUAUCGUAGUCAAAUCAACAGUAAGAUUUUUAUUAUUUUUGUUACGGUAAUUUUAGUUUGUUAUUUAGUAUUUUAUUUUUACACGAUCUGUUUUGAGCGCGAGUUCACGUGUCCGUAGUUCAGGUAAGGGUUCCGUGUGCCGUUCGGUAACAGUUGUGCCGCGUAUGUGAUACGUCAGUCAUAUCGCGUAGUAGCUAGUUGGUUUAGCGUCGGUAGUUAGUUUUCUAUUGUCACUUCCGUGAUCUUUAGUUUACGACGUUUCAUCUAUUACAUUCAAUCGGAUAUUUUUUUAAAUAUUUCACUAUCACUUAUUGGUUAUGUAGGUAGUAUUUCUGUGAUGUCGUUAUAAUUUAUAAUUUCUUAUAAUGGAAAUAGGUACUGAGAGAACUUGACAAUUAUCGUGCAAAAAAGGAAGGCUGUCUGGAAACUAUAUUUUGUCACCAACAGUGAAAUAAGAUGUUAUAGAUUAUAAACGAUGCACGUUUCUUGCGCACAUGAACUAUGACGCGCGUAGCGCCCUUAUCUUUUAAACUCAGACAUGGAAUAAUAAGACAUUUUUGAUAUUUUGCGAUUAGAUAAUCAAAAAUAUUGGAAUAAUAUUGUGUAAAAAUGAAAUUAUCCUAAUCAAACCCAUGUAUUAUAUAGGUGUGUAAAAAUGAAGGAAUCCAAUCCAUCCAUUUCCUUACUCUGAUCUCCCUCUCCCUCCUCAGGUCCUCACCGCGCUCAAGUGACCUUCGACUACAGAGGUCCAAGUACCUUGUCUCACCUUUAGAUUAUGUUAAUGUUGUACAAAUAAUUAUAUAUUAUAUAGCAAUUUAUUGGGUGUUAUUUUUUAGAUAUCUGUUUUUACAAAUGUUUGAUCUAAAAUCAUAUCAACUAAGAAGGAAGCAGGUUUUACGGAAACUAUUCGGUAUAGAUGAAUAUGGAAAGAACGAGCUCAGUACCUCAGACAUGCGGCAAAUGUUUUUCUUAUUCUUACUAAGAAUGUUCGCUAAAGCUAAAGAGUUAGUGAAUGGAGUUAGAAUUGAUAGUUUUGACUUGCUCCUCUGUAGUGUACUGAGCAUAGAUAGCGACGGCGGGCCUGAUUCUGUUUAAAUGCCAUGCCCUAAAUUUAUCCAUUAUAAUUCACUAACCAGUGCAAUGUAGUCUGAGUGUUACAUUCGAUGAAAACAUUUCAGUUAAUAGUGUUUGAUGUAAUUCGUUACAUAGUUUUUUAUACAACAUCCGAAUAGCAGCACUUUCUCCCAACCGUUCGAAUAACUAGUCUCUAAUGUCUUUGACUACUUUAUUUGAAAUUACUAAAUUUUUUUAUUUACAAAUUUUAUUAACUUUAGAGAUGAUGUUAGACCAUUUCUAAAACUAGUGAAUAGAUUUAUCGAUUUAGAGAAUGAUGUUUUCAGAAUCGGGCCAUGUCAAUAAUAUUGCUUUUGUUAUUUAUUUAAAGCUGAUUUAACAAUAUAUAGAAGUAGCGACACUAACUCUUCCGAUUAGUUGUCGUAGUUUUAAGAUUAAUUUAUAUUAAUUAUAAUAAAGAUAAAUUCUAUUAAAUUGUGUCGUGUGAUAGUUUGAUUACCGGAUUGUUUAAUGUUUCGAGUUAGACUUGGGUAGUAGUGAUUGCACGUGAAUCUUUAUUAUGUCUAGUCACAGCUGUUGUGCAAACAUUACAUUACGUUACAACAGGGCUCCGGGCCCCGUUUCGUACUUGUUCAUGCUUUACACUGGCGGGGCCCCGCGCCUCGACUCGUUCUUGUUCAUACUGUGAAUAUGUAUUUGUUUGUCAAUAAUUCAGAUGUCUGGGUACCUAUUGCUCACAGCUUUAACUAAUUGAAUGUUAAUUAUAGCAAUAUUACAAUUCUAAAGCCUUACUUGGGAAAAGACGACAUCUUUAUACGUAUUUUGUAAGCUGACAGUAUCUAAAUCAUGUAUUCCUACUUUGUUUUAAGAUGCAACAAAUAAGUGUUCGAGUGUUGUACUAGUAAGUACUUAAUGAGUGGUAUGAAAAAUAAAAAUAAGUAAAUUCCUAAACAGUUUACAGUAUUUGCUAACAGAUACUAUGCAUGAAUUUAAGCUUUACUGGUAUGGUUUAAGAAUUUGCUUAACAUAAAUUUAUUUAUUACCACCCAGUGUUUCUUGUAAUUGGAAUUCUAAAUUAACUAUUAUUAAAUACUUAUGUAAUUAAUCAUAUACCUAUUGUUGACAUACAUUGUCUAUAGUGGUAUUGCAUCAUGAAUGGAGUAGAACUAUUGGAAACACACGAUGUUUUUAUAAUGAAGAAAAAUUAACUAGUAGUAUGUCUUGCAUUUGAACUUGGCAACUGUGGCUUCACUGACAUUCUGUUUUGUCCAGUCGUAGAUGUUAUUUGUGUUCUAUAUCUCAACUGUAAAUCUUGAAUUACUUCAGUAACGCCAAUAGGGCUGCGCCUUACCGCCUCAACGUCAACUAGGUAUAUUUGUAUAGGAUUUGAUUGAAAUGUAAUACAUUAAAUUGAUGUUGUGUCAUCUACUCAUCUCCAUCAGUAGGUAGCGUGUCCUAUAAGUCUACUCUAAAGUGGAACUGAUAAGUUUUAUUAAAUUUUGAAAUUUCAAUGAU